AUAGCGCCCAUUAUUGUAUUGGAUAUUAUUUUAUAUAUAUGCCUUUACAUCAUAUAUCAAACAAGUAGAAAUAUGAAAUUCUGUAUUAGCUAAAAUCUUUUCAUUCAGAAAAAAAUAAUAAAAAAAAAGUAAAGAUCAUUCACAUAUAUUAUGCAGAGAGAGAUGUUAACAUCUUUAGAUUCAUUCACGCAUUCUUAAUUCUCAUAUUGAAGUUUAUUGAUCAAUAUUAUCAUUCUUUUGCAGAAAGAGAUUGUAAGCACAGCUCCAUUAUUUAUAAAUAAAUUCUCCGGCAUCUACAUCGACUAUACGACGGCCAAACAUGGCUUUGUUAAGGCAACAAGUACUCCGAUUAAACUGUCUACUCUUACUGCUCUUGGUGGUUUGUUGUACACCUCCUGAGGACCCCAUCAAGUGUUCCAACGGCAACUCGAACUGCACAAUCACAAACUCCUACGGAGCCUUCCCUGAUCGCAGUGUCUGCCGAGCAGGCGCCGCUUCCUACCCAGCCACGGAGGAAGAGCUCAUCUCAAUCGUUGCCAACGCUACGAGAAAUGGAUUGAAAAUGAAGGCGACCACCCGAUUCUCUCACAGCAUUCCCAAGCUGGUUUGUCCCGGCGGCCGAGAAGAUGGGCUUCUUAUAAGCACCAAGAAUCUGAGCAGGGUGCUAAACAUCGACACCGGAGCGAUGACGAUGACGGUUGAGAGCGGAGUGACGCUGAGGGACCUCAUAAGUGAGGCUGCAAAGGCCAAACUGGCUCUGCCUUACGCACCGUAUUGGUGGGGCUUGACCAUUGGAGGCAUGUUGGGCACGGGCGCACAUGGCAGCACAUUGUGGGGCAAGGGAAGCUCGGUUCAUGACUAUGUCACCGGGCUUACCAUCGUCAGUCCAGGCCGUGCAGUCGAUGGGUUUGUCAAAGUCCGGAGGCUCAAGGAGGGUGAUGAAGAAUUAAACGCAGCCAAGGUUUCACUUGGAGUUCUUGGAGUUAUCUCACAGGUGACAUUUAAACUUGAGCCUCUGUUUAAAAGAUCAAUUACCUAUUUAAUGAAGAAUGACUCUGAUUUGAGAGAUGAAGUGGUAAGUUUUGGGAGAAAACAUGAAUUUGCAGAUAUUAUAUGGUACCCAAGUCAGCAAAAGGCAGUUUAUCGAGUGGAUGAUCGAGUUUCUUCCAACACUUCUGGCGAUGGUAUAUACGACUUCAUUCCAUUCCGACCCACUUCUUCUCUAACACUUGCAAUUAUCAGAACCACAGAGGACAGUCAAGAGUUAUUUGAUGAUGCUAAUGGAAAAUGCACGAGUGCAAAGUUGGUCACUACCACUCUUUCCACUGGUGCUUAUGGUUUGACAAACAAUGGUGUUAUUUUCAAAGGCUACCCAGUGAUUGGAUAUCAAAACCGUCUGCAAGCAUCUGGUACAUGUUUAGACAGCAUCGAAGAUGCAAAAAUAACAGCAUGUGCAUGGGAUCACAGAAUUAAGGGCGAGUUCUUUCACCAAACCACAUUCAGCGUGGCCUUGUCCUCAGUCAAGAGCUUCAUUCAAGAUAUUCAACAACUUGUAAAGUUGGAACCAAAGGCCUUGUGUGGUGUAGAACUCUACAACGGGAUUCUCAUGCGCUAUGUCACCUCCUCAAACGCUUAUUUGGGUAAGCAAGAGGACGCAGUAGACUUUGACAUCACUUACUAUCGAAGCAAAGAUCCACUAGCUCCAAGGCUUUACGAAGACAUACUUGAAGAGAUUGAACAAUUGGCUGUGGUCAAAUACGGAGCCUUACCCCACUGGGGGAAGAAUAGGAACAUAGCGUUUGAAGGAGCUUUAAACAAGUAUAAGAAUGGUAAGAAGUUUUUGAAGCUUAAAAAGAUUUAUGACCCUUUAGGGCUCUUCUCAAGUGAGUGGACGGACCAAGUUUUGGGACUUAAGGGUGGGUUGACCAUAGUCAAGGAGGGUUGUGCUUUGGAAGGAUUGUGUAGGUGUGAGGAGGAUGCUCAUUGUGCCCCUAGCAAGGGCUACUUCUGCAGGCCAGGGAAAUUGUUCAAGGACGCAAGAGUUUGUACUGGUUUGAAUUCGAGCAAACAUUAAUUAUUAUAAGCGACUUGCCACUGAUUUUAUCGAGGGCCUUGUCACUCCUGGCGAAGCUUGUGUGUUAAUAUAUAUGUUGUGUAUUAAUUAUGUAAUAGUGUAAUCCCUUAAAUUAAAUGUACUUAUACAUGUGUGUACGUAAUAUAUAGUGUAAUACCUUAAAUGUAUUAUUAGUAGAAUAUAUAUUAAGAAGUAUGUCCAUGCGCGAGGAUUGUUCUCAAGUUUGUAGCCACACAAAAACACACAUAAAUAUAUUUUACGU